CAUGUUGUCCACGCUGGUGCAAAAGAGGAGGGCGGUUCAUAAGGUUUUGGGCCUUGGCGGAAGCUUGAUGUUUUGAUCGAUACGUUGCAGAAAUCCCCUUGUAACCCCAGACAUUGGAUCACAUCACGCACAAUGGUCGUCCAGAAUGCCGACGAGAAGAUGCCGCAGGGGCUGCUCACCGAACACCAUUACCCCGUCGUCGCUGAAGGAUCGGGUGUAACUGCCAGCAAGGAAGGUGCACGUGCGAAGAAAGUUCAUAAUGCGGAACUGUUCGCUGCUGUUCAGGAGACGCGCAUCAAGAAAUGGAGUAAAACGUCGAUCCAGCUCUACUUCUCCAUCUUCAUCGCCUUUUGCUGCGCCUGUGCCAACGGGUACGAUGGGUCGCUAAUGACGGCGAUAAUCGCUAUGCCUCACUUCCAGAAUACUUUCCACACUGGUACAACCGGCACCCAAGUCUCUCUCAUCUUCUCGCUCUACACCGUGGGCUCCAUGGUUGGCGCACCGUUCGCCGCCAUUCUCUCCGACAGACUGGGUAGGAAAAAGGGUAUGUUCAUCGGCGGAUUAGUUAUCAUCGUCGGCAUGAUCCUGGUGUCGACUGCGUCAACGGUCCCCCAAUUCGUCGUCGGCCGUUUUGUCCUCGGUUGCGGAAUAUCCGUCAUGACCGUCGCCGCCCCGGCCUACUCCGUUGAGAUUGCUCCUCCCCAUUGGCGUGGACGAUGCACUGGUUUCUAUAAUUGCGGCUGGUUCGGUGGCUCCAUUCCGGCAGCGGCUAUUACUUACGGAACUAACUUUAUUGACAACAACUACUCGUGGAGAAUCCCCCUUAUCGGACAAGCAUUCACUUGUAUCAUAGUCAUGAUCUCCGUGUUCUUUAUCCCGGAGUCUCCCCGUUUUCUCAUCGCCAACGGUCGGGAACAGGAGGCCGUAGACUUCCUCGUCAAGUACCACGGCAAUGGAGAUCCGGCGUCCCGACUGGUGCUGCUCGAAAUUGAGGAAAUGAGGGAUAAUAUUCAACAAGACGGUAUUGACAAGACCAACUUUGACUACCGACCCCUUUUCCUCACCCACAACGGCCGGUGGAGAAUGGGCCAAGUUCUCAUGAUUUCCAUCUUUGGCCAGUUCUCCGGCAACGGGCUCGGCUACUUCAACACUGUCAUCUUCAAUAACCUGGGCGUAACUAGUGUCAGCCAGCAGCUGGCCUACAAUCUACUCAACUCGGUUAUUUCUGCCAUUGGCGCUCUAAUCGCCGUUGCUCUCACCGACAGAAUGCUGCGACGAAUGGUGCUUGUUUGGGGAACGUUGGCCUGCAUCGCCGCACUCGCGACCAACUCGGGUCUCUCUGCCGUCAUUAGAAAUCAGGGCGACAAUAUCGAUCUUUCGUACGGAAAAGGGGCUUUGGCUUCGUAUUUCCUCUUCAACGUCAUCUUCUCCUUUACCUACACGCCGCUGCAGGGUGUCAUUCCGACCGAAGCGCUCGAGACGACUAUGCGUGCCAAAGGUCUGGCCGCGUCGGGCAUCAUUGUCAGCGCUAUGGGAUUCAUCAAUCAAUUCGCGGGUCCCAUUGCACUCCAGAACAUCCAGAACCAGUACAUCUACGUGUUCGUCGGAUGGGACUGUGUCGAGGCUCUCAUGUGGUAUCUAUUUGGCGUCGAGUCUCAGGGACGUACUCUUGAACAGCUUGAAUGGGUUUACAGCCAACCUAACCCCGUCAAAGCUUCCCUCAAGGUCGACAAGGUCGUCAUACAGGCUGAUGGUAAGGUCACGGAGAAGAUUAUCGGUGUUGCCAACGUCUAGAGUUUGGAUCAUGGGUGUCGACGUAUUGAGCAUUCAGAACAUCGAUAGAAUUGAGGGAUUUCAUAUGUAGAAAGCGUCGUUGAGUGAUCUAGCGCUUGUAAUGAAAGGGGGCUAGUUGAGGCAUGAUGAUUUAUAAGAUACCUAUUUGAAGAUGUAAAUUAAACGUAAUUUAGUACCACUUCAAAGAUGAACAGAGCAGGUAUUAUAGUCUUGGUCGAUACUCUUUGCUCAUCAUCCACCCAUACAUAGUCUGAUCAUAACGCAC